ACUACUAUCUAAACAAGUCUAGAACCGCCUCUUCUGGUUUAGGAGGAGUAGAAGAAGAAAGAAGUGAAAGAUCUCGUGGAGGGUUCAUUCUUGUUCAAGUAUUUACAGGCAGGAAAAAAUGGAGACGCAGAAAAAUCAAGCCGAAAUCCCUUCGAAACCGGCCAUGACUUCAUGUAGGAAGAAGGUAAAGGAUGAUGCCACUUUCUUUGAGGACGUCAAAGAUCACAUUGAUGACUUCAUACAUGCCUCGAUGGAUGAACACAAGACCUGUUUCCAGAAGACCAUCAAGAAGAUGUUUGGAUUAUCAAAGGCGGUCGCAGAGAAGCAAGCUGAGGAGGCAAAGGGAGUCGAGAGUCAAUUGCCUCUUCAGACGACAGUGUCAGAGUGAAGACUAGGUUCUUUCCAGCUUGGUUUGAUGUCAUUUCUCUUGUUUAACAUCACAUCCAAGUUUCUUUGUAAAUUAACUUUUCUGACCAAAGAAACCAGAAUAAAAUUCAAACAUUUCA